AUGUUAUUCCAGGAGAAUAUGACAAAUUGUGUUACUUUUCAGACCAAAUUAACCUCCGUUAUCGAUGUGUUAGCCAAAACUGCGGUGGCAGAAAUAAGUAAAUUAUUCAAUGAUGGGUUUGCUGUUUUACGCUUGGAAAUGUGCCGAAGAGAAAAUGAAAUUGAAGCCUUAAAAAUCAAAUUAUUGUUUAUGGAGAACGAACGGCAAACGACGAGGUCCAAAGCGCGAGAAGCAGGCUGUUCUUCUGCAUGCUCUUCGUCUUCCAGCAGAGCAGAGCAGGGUGAGCCAGCUCGUGCUUGCUUACUGUACUAGCUAACUAGACCUAGGCCUAUCUGAAAUGUGUUGCAGUCCAUCUCAAGGGUCAAUUCUUCAAAAAUAUGCAGUAUUAACAAUGACUGACAAUUAUUUAGCUCAAUGCCUAGCUAGUGUAGAUAAUGGGUUGCUCUCAACUUUGGUCUUUUAAAACCUGUAACAUUCAUCUCUAUGCAGAUAGUUAUUUACUCCUGUGCCCCCUCAGUACAGCAAGCCAUCCAUGACCUUCAGCAUGGUUUUGACUCAACUCAAAAAUUGCCUACUGAUCUUAAACUAGUGCUAAAUGCUAAUAAAACCAAGUUUGUUGUUCUGUAGGUCUCGUAAUGUUGACCCUGAGGACCUGCAUAUUUGCACAUUAAUGGAGCAAGUUUCCCAUUCUAAGUACUUGGGUAUUUGGAUUGACGAUAAACUCUUUUAAAACACACAUUAAAAAACUGACAAUAAAGCUGAGAAUUAAGGUUGGUUUCUUUUAUAGAAAUAAAUCCUGUCUCACUUUGGAAAGUAGAAUUAAGAUUGUUCAAGCAACGCUUCUCCCAGUACUUGAUUAAGGUGAUAAUCUACAUGCAUGUGGAAACCUCUGUUUUAAAACAUUUAGAUUCAGUCUCACCAGCACUGAGAUUUAUAACUGGAAAUAAUUUUCGUACACAACACUGCAUUUUGUAUAGUUCUGUUGCCUGGGUGUCUGACUACCAGAAGAGCCCAGCAUUGGCUACUUUUUGUAUAUAAAGCGGUUCUUCAGAGACUCCCCAACUACCUCAGCUCACGUAUUAAUUGGAGAUCCAGCAAUUUUCAGACCCGCUCUCUGGACUGGCUGGUUCUGGAGGUCCCGCGGGUCUCCAUUGACCUGAGGAAAAAGUGCUUUUAGUUUUUAUUCCCCCUGCUUAUGGAAUAGCCUUCAGGCCACCUUGAAAUUAGACUCGCCGGUCUCCAUUGGACAGUUUAGAUAGAGUUUAAGGGAGGUGAUAUGUGAGAGUUGUUUGUUUUAAUUAAUCUUGUAUUUUAAUUUGGAAUAUUCUUACCUUGUGUAUGUUCCUGUUCACAGGGCACUCUUGUAAAUUAGACCCUGGUCUCAAUGGUGACCCACCCUGUAUAAAUAAAAGUAAAAAGUAUACUUUCUAUUUCAAAAAAUUACAUUCUGACAGUUCAUUUAAACCUUCACUUUCAGGGUCCAAAGGGUGUGAUGAGGAUGCUGGUGAAAGGACUUCAUUUGAGCAGACCGCCAGGGAGAAAGUGAUCGCACCUAAAGACGACCAACUGGAUCAAAAUAGACCACAGCCACCUGCAGAAGAACUAGAGGGGCUCGAUGAACAGUAUAGGUCUGGCCACAGAGAGAAGGGUAGUGAACUAGAGUUAGUGAAGACUGAGCAGGAAGAGUAUGAUGUUAUUUCACUACAUACAUCAGGAAGUGAACAUGGCACAGAGAGAUCAGAUCAUCAGGAAACUGAGUUUGCUGUGGAUGACAGAGAAAGUCAACUGUGGGCGUCUUUAACAGAGAGCAACUGUGACUCGGAGGGUCCAGAUUGCACUUAUGGUACAGAACAAUAUCCACAGGAUCAAGAUGCAGACAUACAGCUCAUUCAAAGUGCAGUGGAGGGUCUCGAUAGUGAUCCAUCGUCAGAGAUAGGUGACAUUAGCGGAGAGAUGCGAGCACAGUCUGUUUGGAAUGACAGAAGGACCCCUACAGAUUUGGUUCAGGCACAGCCAGGACAGCACAGAGAAACCAUGCACCCAGUGAGAAGGCAGGAUGGGACAACUACCAGAAUGCCGUCAGACAAACAAACACUAGCCAAUGAG